AUGUUUCUGAUCGGACAUACUCUCCGUAACACCGUCACUUCCGGUAGAAAAACUGCCGUUACUAAAAAGCUAACUAUCAACACCAGAGUUAGCAAGACCUGCAAACCCAGAACCAGUCCAGGCAGCAUGCAGGCUGAGUUCCGGGCUCCCCGGAGGCGGAUCCGGGUUUAUGAGGACUACGAGGCUCCGCUGCCAGUGAGCCAGAUCCCGGAGGAAAGGACGGUCUACCGGGCGGACUUGAUCAACCAACAGGUGGUGGUCCGUGAUCCAGACCAUAUCCAGAAGAUCCACAACAAGGGUUUUUUUGGAAAGGGCGUUCUGUCCAGAUGCAGACCUGACCACAGCAUCUCUGACCAAUGGGAGCAACACGAAGGGUUGCAUUUGCCCGUCUUGUCUCAGUCCAGGUAUGAGGAGCUGCUCAGGUGGGCGACGGCAUCUCUUUCAGCUCAGGGAUUGGACGAAGACGCUGUCAAUCAAACCCUUCUUGUCCUGACUCAGCCAAUGAAGAUCGAGGAUGUGAGGAAUGAGGGGGGAGGAGGCGUGGCCAAAGGAGAGAACAGAUGGAAGGAGUUGGAUGAGGAGGCGGGGCUGGUGGCAGGAGCCUGUUGUCACACAAAGAGGCUGAGGGCGGAGUCAGAGGUGAAGCCUCAGGACCCUAAUCACAGUUCUGAAUCUGACUCUGACUCAAGUCCAGACUCAGGUUCUGAUCAACAUUCUGACUCUGACCCUGGUCCUGGUCUUCACGUUCCAGGACCUGGUUUUGUUCUGGUGGUCUCUGAUUGUCCUGAAGGGGGCGGAGUCAAACAGGUGAGGCGGAGUCCACUGUUCCUGUCGGAGUACCUGCAGCUCAGCUUGGAAGAGGCCUUCUUCCUGGUCUACAGCCUGGGGGUCCUGUCUGUCUACCUGCAUCAGGAGCCCCUGUCAGUCAUCGAGCUGUGGAGGAAAUUCCGGUCACUUCGUCCAGACUUUGUCGGCUCGUAUGCCGCCUAUCAUCACUUUCGCAGCGUGGGAUGGGUUCCUAAAGGAGGGGGCGGAGCCAAGUAUGGCGUUGAUUUUAUGUUGUACAGGAAGGGACCACCUUUCUACCACUCCAGUUAUUCGGUGGUAGUUGAGCAGACUGAUGAGACGUUCAGGGGCGCUGCGUUGCGUCCGUUUUCUUGGCGUUCUCUGGCAGCUCUGAGUAGGAUCACAGCAAGUGUCUCCAAGGAGCUGAUGCUGUGUUACAUCAUCUGCCCAGCUGACCUGUCGGAGACGGAGCUAGACUCACCUGUGUGCCUGAGCAGGCUGGAGGUCCAGGAGGUGAUCGUCAGCAGGUGGGUUUCCUCCAAGGAGCGAGCUGAGCAGGACGACAUCUGAUUGGCUGACAUGAGUGAUGAUGUCACAGUGAAAACUGUGUGGGCCAAUCAGAGAAGACCACUGUUGCUGUGAUGAAGAUGAACCAGAUGAUGAUGAUGGUGGUGGACUACAGGUUCUG